AUGAAAUCGUGUGAUACCAAUGCUGGACAAAUAGUAUUGCCAGAACGAAAACUUAAAUUUAAUGAAGUUCAGGACUUAUUGAAGUUAUCUUUGAACGCUACAAAUAGAGACCAGAAAGCAGUACAAAAAGAAGUAAAUAAUAAUAGAAGAUUAGUAAUAAAAAAGAUAGAAGAUCUUCUAUCGGGAAUUAACCAAAGCGCUGAAGCUGGAGAAAACCCUAAACUGAUUAUAAGGAAUCAAAGACUUUGGAGCAACUGUAUCUAUGAUUUGGAUAGAGUAACAUUGAAAUCGUAUAACGACGCGAAAAAGACUACAGUGUGCUAUUCAAGCAAGGAAGAUAAAACGAGAUUUAAUAUUAUUGUAUUCGUACUAACAAAAGUACAUGAACUGAUGUUAAAAAAUCUGACGGUAACUAGAAGAGAACUGUUCUACCAAAAUGUGUCUCGUCUCCGAAACCAAUCGAACCUGGAUGUGGCGGUCCGCGACGUUUGUUGCCUGUUGGAGACUCCUCCGUGGAGUUUGGGCAUAGUAGCCACCUCCAAGGGACUGGUGGCUGGCCCGCUGACGAUGCACCAUCGGGAUGGAUCUGUCGUGGACUGUAUGGCUGCUGGAGGAGUCCUCAUACCGCAAGACAUAGAAGGUCUCAAAGAUUUGAAGUCAACAGCCAAAUACAUCCUCGUGGUAGAGAAAGAUGCGAUAUUCCAAAAGCUUUUGGAUGAAGGUGCUUUGAUUAGAUUGGGACCAGUUAUUAUUUUGACGGGUAAAGGCUACCCAGACGUAUGUACAAGACAGCUGCUGUGCCGACUCUGCUCUGAGCUAAAGUUCCGUGCUUUGGCUCUAGUUGACGCCGAUCCUCACGGCUUCGAGAUAUUCCUCACUUAUAAAUACGGCUCUUUGGCACAAUCCCACUUGUCAUCAUCCCUCGCAUGUGCUAGCCUGGCUUUAUUGGGUGGACGACACCAUGACAUCAUGACCCUGGCACCAGCUGAGGCUCGCCUGCCAUUGACCGAUCUUGACAGGCGAAAAUUGAACUCCCUGCUGAAAAGGCCAUACUUGGAUAAUGCUCUAGGUUCCCGAAUAAAACAAGAAUUCUCUGCCAUGCUGGCUAGUGGCGUGAAGGCCGAGAUUGAAGCAUUGGCGCCCACCGCGGCAGCUCUAUGCGAUGCUUACUUACCUUCUAAAAUCAUACAGGGUGAUUAUCUUGGAUAA